UAAACGUCAAAAUCAUAAAAGGCAAAAAGCGUUGUUUACAUUUUGGAUGAAGAAAAUCGUGAUUUUGAGGAAAUAUUUUUUUCAUUUUUUAAUGUUUUAAAAAAAUCGUAUUUAAAUGGCUAAUCGUACUGUUAAGGAAGCCAAAAAUAUACACGGCACAAAUCCGCAGUAUCUUAUUGAAAAAAUUAUUCGAUCUCGCAUUUACGAUUCGAAAUAUUGGAAGGAACAAUGUUUUGCUUUGACUGCAGAACUAUUAGUGGACAAAGCCAUGGAAUUGCGUUAUAUUGGCGGCGUUUACGGAGGUAACAUAAAACCAACACAGUUUCUAUGUCUAACAUUAAAAAUGUUGCAAAUACAACCGGAGAAAGACAUUGUGGUAGAGUUUAUCAAAAAUGAGGAAUUUAAGUACGUUCGAGCUCUUGGUGCUUUUUACUUGCGUUUAACUGGCAGCGCGUUAGAUUGUUACAAGUACUUGGAGCCUUUGUAUAUAGACAAUCGUAAACUGCGAAGGCAAAAUAGAGUGGGUCAAUAUGAAAUUGUUUACAUGGACGAAUUUAUUGAUGAGCUGCUGAGAAGUGACCGAGUGUGUGAUAUUAUUUUGCCGCGAAUACAGAAACGAUCUGUUUUGGAAGAAAAUAAUGAACUGGAACCAAAAGUGUCUGUACUGGAUGAAGAUCUGGACGAAGAUUUAGUAAGCGAGGAAGAGAAUGCGGAGGAAGAAAGUGAAUCAAAAGGAAAAUCACAAAAGAAAUCAAGAAAAGAACGUUCAAAAUCAAGAUCCGUAUCGCCUAAUCGUCGUGAUGGCAGUAGUGGUGCGGGACCAAGUCAUAGUAGUCGGUCUCGAGACUACAACGAAGACCUCGAGCGCUAUCAACGUGAGCGAGAAAGGGAUCGUCGUGAUUAUGAUAGGAACCGCAACGAUCAUCGUUAUGAUGAACGUGAACGAGACAGAGAAAGGGAACGUGAUCGCGACAGAGACCGUGGUGACAUUCGUCGUAGAGAGGAUUAUAUAGAUGAUCGUUAUGAUCGUCGUGAUGAUUACCGUGGUGAACGCAGUCGGUACGACCGCGAUCGUAGGGAUCGACGUCAUUAAAUAUGCUACUUAAAUAAUAAUAAAAAAUAAUUGAUUAAUAAACAAGAUUUUAAUUUGUUUAAGAAAACAAUUUUUUAACUUUUUAUGAAACAAACCAAAAUAUCUAAACCAUUUUUUAAUUUUUGUAAAUUCGCUGACUAAGGGAAUUUUUUUUCGAAUGUUUAUUAAGUGUUUACAUUCAUAGGCG